UAUAUGAAAUCGAAGAACAAAAAAUGGUGGAACAGUGCUGCGUCGAUGGUUGCCUCACUGCCAAAGAGGAUAUUACGUAUUUCAAGUUACCGAUAAGCAGGACCUUACGCAAGAAAUGGUUAGACGCGAUCAACAGUUCUUUCAAACUAACAGACGACGCCGUGGUAUGCAGUAGGCAUUUUCUGGAGGACAAUUAUAUGAUAGUGCGCGGCAAGAGACGGCUGAAACCGAAGGUCGUGCCUUGUGUUUUUGAUAACAAAAUAGACGAUAGCCAAGAAAAAGAAAAAGAAUUCACAGACAAAGAAACAAGUAAAAGCAUAGACAAUAAAGACGAACCUAGUAUAGACAACACAGAAGAAACCAGUAAUGUAAACCCAAAUGAAGUCUUAGACAAGGUUACCAAAAACUCUGAUGCCAUAGACAAUGAAGAUAAUAGAGUUAUAGAUGAAGACAAAAAAAUUGAAGAUGACGACGAAGAAAGUAGUGAACCGCCAAAAAGUCCCCAAAAUUGUGUGAAGAGGCCGCAACAAGUAGAAUUCUCACCAAACAAAGACAUAGAAGACAUAAUAACGAACUAUCAGAUAAAACAAACGAUACCGCUCUCGCAGAUAAACGGAGAGACGAACAUACAAACAGAGUUGAGAGACGCGAUAGAUGUAGAGAGAGAUAGCACUACUUAUGUGGAGGUGGCCGCGGGGAAGGGAAAUGAAAAAGACGAAGACUGCUUGAUGCUGCUGGAAGACGUCCAGGUGGAAGUGGACCCUAGUCUCUUUGAACAUGAGGACCUGGAUCUGAACAUCGAGCAGGUAGACCUGGAUCUGGACUCCAGCUCUGACGUCAUAGAUCUGGGAGAGAAAAAAGAACUGCCAAUCAGCCUACUGUCAUCCAGCGAUGAAGAUGACGUCAUAAUCCAAGAGCCAAAAAUAGAUACAAUUGAAGUUUCAGACGCAACAGACGAAGACGACAUUCCACUGCUAAAACUGGCGAAAAAACACAAAAAAUCCAAGAAAAAGUCCAAAAAGAACCAAAAAAGCAAAGCACUCAGCAAAAUAAUGAGCUUCUGCAAGUACGAGUGCUACCAUUGCAAAUUCACCACAAACGAUAGAGCCGAUUACGAGUACCACAUAACCUCACAUUCGAACGUCUUGCACUGCUGUGAAAACUGCAGUUACACAACAUCUAGUAAACUUCUCCUUUCCAGACAUAAAGACAAACAUGCGAAAGAAAAGAAAAACAAAGAGAAAAAGUACAAAUGUCCACUUUGUAACUAUAGGGCAAAACAUAACAUGAGUUUAGUGUAUCACAUGAGUACGCAUGAGGCGAAAAGUGCUUUUGAGUGCGAAAAAUGUGGCUUUUUCACGAACGCAAAAGAAACAGUUUUGGAACAUUUGAAGAUUUGCGGGAACACGUUUAAAUGUAACCAUUGUUUAUUUAGUACCAAAUGGAAAGGGGCUCUAAAAAGGCAUUUGGUAAGUGCUCAUCAGGAUGAUAAAGUCGAGGAUGGGGAUUACGUCCCGCCGGGAUGGAGUUAGGAAAGAGAAAAGAUUCGGAGACGGAAGAUCAGAAAACGAUUGCAUGGGAAACAUAAAAGAUUAGAACGUAAGGAAAAGAUUGUGAAAGAAGGAAAAGGAUUGCAAGGGACAGAUAAAAUAUUAGAACGUAAAGAAAAGAUUGU